AUGCUUGCGCUGCUGGAUCACAAGCUGGCCAGCAGCGAGUAUGAGAGCGGCUUGAUCAGUGGCAUGGCUGUGCUGGGCGUCAGCGCAGAUAGGGCAUGGCUGGAUCCGCUUAUGUAUACCCCCAAGCAGUCGGCCAUGGUUAGCAUAUCGCGCAUGCUAGUGCUGUACCAAGCACACAAAGAGCGUAAUGCUCAGAUUGACAAGCUAGUGGCUGGGGGUUACUGUGAAGAGACGGCUAGCACUAUGGCAGUAACCCAUUUUGAGCUGGUGCAAGACAUGUGCCACCGGUUUAUGGCGCUAACAGACUAUAACGGCCGGCCGACGCCCAUGGACGCUAUUUUGCGGCUGCGAGCAUUUGGCUUUAAGAUCCGGUAUACUACCAAUGCCGAGGGUGUAGUAGACUGGGUAGGUGACACGUUGUUGUAUGGCCAGAUCCAGUUCAGCAUGGCGCAGCUACGGAUGAUGGUGCACGGCAUGAUUGCCAGCACGCGACAGGACAUGCUGAAACAACUGCUACUGCUGCAGCUGGACAGUGAGGGCGAUGUGAUGCCCGAGACGACGCCGUGUCCCGCUAUUUACUGGGAUAAGCUGGUGGACAAUGCGGCUGCGCAGCAGGCUGGGUGGAGUUUUAUGGAAGAUGCGCGUAACCGC